CAAAACUCUCGCUCUUCGCGGAAUGCCACCACAAUAAUCUGUAGUUUUCGGUCUACAUAAUAUAUAUUAUAAAUUAUAAUAUGUGAUAUAUCCUUCCCUUUCAGUUCGCGAAAAUUGUUUGGUAUUCGCUCCUGGCAAUAAGCGGUUUACUCUAUAUCGUCUAGACUUAAACAUAUAUUGUGGAUACGCACCAUAUACCCGAAAUAUCAUAAAGAGAGCAAAAUCGAUGUAAAGUUUCCGGGUCAUCUGCACACGGUCGUAUGGUGGAAUUUCGUAUUGUAACGCGUGAAAAGAAUUGGCUUUACCGUGACCUGGAUGCGCAUUGCCAAUAUAAUAUCUUAAACAAUAUAAUAGCUAGACGACCAUACAUCGUGCCGACAGAGGACGGUUGUCACCCCGAAACGAAAUAAUAAUAAUUGAUUAACCGGUGAUUGCGUUUAUCCGAUUUUCACAGAUUGUGAACAAGUCGAUUGUUAUAUAGGACUCGCGCCGAAAUACUACUAUUGACGAACACUGCAGACGACAAUAUAAUAUACAUAUAAUGGCCAUGCAACUAUUGCGUAUACAUACGUGAUGAAUCGUCUAAGAGCAGUCUAAGACGCUCCUGCUCCUAAAAGAAAAGUAAAACGGAAUGCAAAGAGUUUAAGCCUGCAGUGUUCAAGUAUCGUUUAUGAACGGAGUUGUCGAACUUCAAACACAAUAAUAAAUUAUAUUGUUGCAAGUUUAACGUAGUAGACGACAGGAUGAAGUGGAGCCAGUGGAGAUAAUACACGAGGAAGGAAUAUUAUGGUAUCCAUAAUAUGUUUUUACUGCUUGCAUGGCGUGUCAGAAGCGCCAUCACGUUUUAUUUUUCCCAUGUCUUUACCACAACAAAACGUUUGAUAGACGUUUGAUGGAUGAUCUCGACAGUGUAUUUAGAGUUGUACAUAAUUUAAAAAUAUCGUCGAGUAAAAUGCUGAAUUUGUCAGAUAACGGGGACUGUAUCGUGAGCUCGGUACUGGCAAAAUGCACGGGUCUGUACUAUAUCAUCAAUCCGAAGAGCAUCAAACUCGGAGGCCAUAAUGUUUUUCACAUAGCAAUAAUGGUCAUGAUUACGUUUACUUCAGUUUGUUUGUUACUGUGUCCGAUCGGUCUUUACUACUGGGUAAACGAUGUAACGCAGUUCAUCAUUCAAUUAAUCGUACUCGGCAACUUUUCGUUUGGGUGUUUCAAAGCAUUUACGAUCGUCCACUACUCGGACGACAUUCGACGAUGUCUGGACGUCACUCGCUUCGAUUUUUUGUCCAGCGCCAACACGGAUCCUGAUUCAGUCCGUUUCUUUAAAAGGUGUCGCAACGUGUCGUUGAAAUUUACAAGUUGGUUUGCCAUUAGCAGUCAUUCCGUUUUGUUGGUGUGGACGCUGUUACCGUUCGUCGUCGUCGGCAACCCGGUUGUAAUAAAAAAUCGCGACAACUCGACCAGCAACUACCACUUCAACCCGUACAAUAUGUAUUUUUUGGUAUCCAAUGAGACGUAUAACGAAUGGCAUCUAAUCUUCCACCUGCUUGAAUGGAUGUUUGGGCUGUGUUUCGUAAUGUUUAUGGUACUCUUCGACACAUUCAUGGUCUCAAUGUGCAUCGCAAUAACGUAUCAGAUGAGAUGCGUCGCUGCUGCUUAUAGAAGAUUGGGACACAACCGUCGUACGACAAUGAAGGUUUAUUUUGAUGGUGCAAUUGAAUCAGAUAAUACGAAUAAUGAAUGUUUAAAAGAUUUAAAAAUAGUUAUUAAGCAUCAUCAAGAAGUGUUGGGGAAAAUGAAUGAUUUUUAUAAGAUCGUUCGACCAGUUAUCCUUCCUCAACUAAUUAUAGCUUCAUUUACAAUCAUAUUUGUUUCAUUUAUUAUAACUCGGAAUUAUUUUAAUGGUAUGUUACUAACAUCAACACAAUCGCUAAAAAUGUGCAGUUUUCCUAUAUUUUUCUUUCAAAUAUAUUAUACAUGUCUGGUAUUUGAAAAUCUUAACAACCAGAAAACCGCAAUGAACUUUGCACUCUACUCUAGUAAUUGGACACAGAUGGAAAUACAAUUUAAAAAGUUACUUUUACUGGCAAUGCAAAUGCAUGAUGCCAACAAAUUGAACAUCAAAUUAACGGCUGAAUUGAUUAUCAACUUGGAAUUAUUUACUAAAGUGAUGAAUUUAUGUUAUUCAAUUUUUUCGGUUUUGGUCAAUUCUCAAUUAAAGAUAACAGAUAAAUUAUAAAAAAUAUUAUCUUUAUUGAACAUGCAAUGUACUACGUAGUUAUUAAUAUAGUGAAGUAAAUAGAUAAUAUGGCAUAUUUUGAAAUACGUAUCGAAACAUUUUGGUUGCAGAUCUACGUUGUUACUUUAUUGCAGUUUACAAUCUACAGGUAUAAUGCGAUGUAUUAUACUGUAUAUAUUUAUAUUGUGUUGGAGUAUCACUUGUCACCAUUACAUAUACGAUAAAGAAAAUGAAGUCACAUACGUAUUCAUAUUAUAUUAUCCACAGACAAUACGUC